AUGGGCUCCGGCACCGCGCUCCUCUUGAUCGAUGUGCAGCACGAUUUUCAGCCGUGGGACAUGAUCAUCGCCACGCAGGACGCACACCCCCCGAACCAUGUGUCGUUCGCGUCGACGCACGGCGCCGAGCCGCUCGAGCUGCGCGAGAUUCCGCACCCCUUCGAGGCGGGUCGCACGCUCUCCCAGCGCCUGUGGCCCGUCCACUGCGUGGCUGGCACGCCCGGCGCCGCGCUCGAUCCCACGCUACAGAAGGCGCUCGAUGCGUGCAGCGCGCCCGUGCAUUAUGUACAGAAAGGCUGCGAUCCGCGCUGGGACUGCUACUCGGCCUUUGCUGGCGACCAGUAUGUACAGUUCACCGAGCUGGCCGCGCUUCUGCAUCGCGCGUCGCCGCGCAUUCACACGGUCGUGAUCGGCGGCCUCGCCACCGACUACUGUGUGCGCGCCACGGCGAUCGAUGCGGCCAAGUUUGGAUUUCACACGGUGGUCCUACAGAACUGUGUGGCGGGCGUCGCAGCGGAUACAACAGAGCAGGCGUGGGCGGCGAUGCAGGCCUACGGUGUCGUUUCGGCCCUCGAUGCGCCCUCGUCGCGCGCCGCCUGA